AUGCUAUCAAGUACUCCUUCCACCCAGAAGCUAUCUUCUCACCAGAACUCCUCUGCCAUGUCCAGCGUCCUGUCUGGAUCUGCAACCCCCUUUGUAGGUCGCAGCUCCUAUGCAGACUCCAAUGCUAGCGUGUCCAAGCCAUCACGCUACACUUCUGCCAAUACAGAUACCAACUACGAUGUUCAGGAGCGUUAUCAGCAGCAGCAGCAGAUUUCUCAAGAAACUGCCUCUCGUCAGCGCAGUUCAGAUAUUUUCGGUACUGGCAACCACAGCAAUACCACUACUCCUCCCAAGCAACGGACAUACCGAAACCAGUCGAAUGUUUUUAACUAUGCAGACUCGUCUACUAACUCGGUGUCAAAUAGUGGAAAAGGUACGCCUCGCAAGGACCCAAUGGCUUCAGAUAUCUUUUUUGGUGGAAACUCGGGUGGUGCUAGUGGGACCAGCAGUGCUGUUCAGACUCCUCGUUACGGCAUCCAGCCUGCUACUGGUGGUUAUACUCCUUCCUUCCAGAGCACAUCUCGUCGUUCUACUCCAGGAACAUAUGCUGUCGACAAGUCUAACAGCCACUAUGGCGCUGAACCCUAUGAAGGCGCUCAUGAAGAUGCCGCUCUGGUGGAUCGCUUUGAAAGUUUCUCUACUAACUCUUUGGCCUCUUCCCAGCAAAGAGAUUCGUAUCAUUCAAACCAUUCUGCUGCAUCUCAGCCUGAUAGGCUGAAUCAGAACCAUCAACGUUCAUCUAUUUUUGAUGAUGCAUCUCCUACUGCUGCAAUUCGUGGAUCUCGUCGUCACUUUCAUGGCGACCGGAGCACUUCAGAUAUCUUUCAUCAAAGUAACGACUCUCCUGCGGCAAUUGCUGUCCGUUCUCCUCGCAGUGGUAAACGCGCUCAGCCCAAACCUGCCGACUAUGAGCCUUCGUGGAGUCCCAAGCCCGACUACCAAAAAAGCACCUCGUUUUCAAACAUCUUUGGCGACCCUAUUAAAGGUUCUGCUGCAUCUGUAGCUGCUGCUGCAGAGUAUACCCGCUCUACUCCUGACCUGUCUCGCUCCAACAGCAAGCUGGACAAUCUUGACCGUGUAGGAGGCGUUUCUUCUUCAGAUUUAAAUCGCGACACUCGUGGAAAAGGACGUCGUCAGGGUCAGGGCCAGAACAAUGGUAGUCAGAUUUGGUUUUAAUCUCGUAUCGCAUCUAGGUGAUUUGUGUAAGCUUCAAUCUUCAAAUUCGCUUUUGUACUUUGAUACCACUUUCGUGAACAAACCCAUGUCGAUUUUAUUUCUUUGUCCAGUUACGUUUUCUUGAACUGGUCCGUCCUUGAUUCUUGCCAUGUUUUCUAUAUUGCCAAUGUUUUCCAUCUUUGCUUUCUCCAGAUCCCUUUUCACUUGUCUUUUUUACUCCAAUCUGGUUCAAACUCAAAGCUGCAGGAAUAUCUCAAUAGAUCGUAUUCAUACCGAGUCAAUAAACAAUAGACCUUU